UUUCCCCGGGGAUUCCCCAAGAGAGUGCGCCCUCUGUUUUCUUUGUACUAACAGAAUGUGACAUCGAAAAUUAAACAUCGGGAUCGAUGGCUACGCUUGAGAAAGAAAACCCUCUGUUUAUGUCAUGGCACAACAGUGCCUGGAUUCCACACCUGAGUCGGGCCAACAUCAUGGACUACUUUGCAGACAGGAGUAAUCCCUUCUAUGAUCGAACCUGCAACAAUGAGAUCAUCAAGAUGCAGAGGGUCAACCCUGAGCAACUCAAGACAAUGACGGGGCUGGAAUAUGAGCUGCUUCAUGUCCAGGAACCGAUCCUCUACGUGAUCAGGAAGCAACACCGGCAUUCAGUGGAGCACACCACACCCCUUGCCAACUACUACAUCAUUGCAGGCGUUGUCUACCAGGCUCCUGACCUCUGCUCAGUGCUCAACUCCAGAAUGCUGACUGGCUUGCAUCACAUCGAGUCGGCAUUUGAAGAGGCGCAGUCCUUCUCCCGUUACAGCCCCAGCAAGGGUUACUGGUGGGAGUUUAAAGAUAAAGAACAAGAACAAGCAGAGGAGAAGCUGAAGAAUAAGAAGAAGAAAGAAGAGGCAGCCAGCUCAAUGUUCCAGAGGCAACGAGUUGAUGUUCUCCUCCUAGAACUGGCCAGAAAAUUCCCUCCAAAAGUUAUCCAGGCCAAACCUGGCGAGAAACCCAUCCCGGUAGUCUCAGAGCAUCAGAACGGCACCGUUUCCAUCAAGGAGGAGGUAAAAGAAGAACCAGGACAACAGCAGCAGCAGCAGCAGCAAGCCAACAGCAACUCAGUGACAGGAGCAGGGACCAUCGGCGCCCCAAAUGCAGGCGCCUUCUUCUCAGGGGGUAUGAAACCCCCGAUGGUGAAAAAGAGGAAACUGGUGAAAUGAUGCCGAUUUGGGACUGAAAUGUUGUUUUGAUUUUCGCGUGGACCAUGUGUGGAAAGUUUGCGCA